UUUUUCAGUUUACUUUGUUGUGUUACUCGCACAUGUUCGAAAUGAAAAAGCUAAAACUAAAAAAAACCUAAAUAGCUAAGGCUAAUUUGUAUGUCAUCCAUAUGAUCUAAUUUGUAGUAGAUAUGCCUUUCACUAUGGCUCUUUCUUUAUUAUCUAGUAGCUGUGUGAGGCUUAUCAAACAGUAAACUCGUGCGCCAGGGGAAAUUAUCAACUACAUCUCCCACAAGCCUUUGCUCCUUCCUCCAAUCGCUGCCGCUCCGCUUCAUGUGUUUUUGCCAGAAGAGCAGAGAUUCCAGAGUGUUUGAGUCCAGAGAGUUUAGUAGGAGCGGAAGUGGCAUCCUGUGUGUCUGUGUGAGGCUUCAGCGGGGACUCGGGUGGCAUGAUGUGGGCUCGGUUGCUGGUUGGCGUCGGGGGUCCGGGGGUCGGUCUGCGGGCUUCCCGGGACGGUUUGCUGCGGGUCGCUGGAGCUGGAUGUGCGGGGAAGAGACAGGUUUCAAGUGCAGAGGCUGCCUUGAAGAAGACUCCGCUGUUCGACUUCCACAGGGAGCAUGGGGGAAAGAUGGUGGAGUUUGCAGGCUGGAGUAUGCCAGUACAGUACAAAGACAGUCACAUCGCCUCACACAUGCACACCAGAGAGCACUGCUCCAUCUUUGAUGUCAGCCACAUGCUGCAGUCCAAAGUCCACGGCAAAGACAGGGUGAAGUUUAUGGAGUCUCUAGUAGUUGCAGAUAUUGCAGAACUCAAGGACAACCAGGGUACAUUGUCUCUCUUCACCACUGAGAAAGGAGGGAUCAUCGAUGACCUCAUAGUGACAAAGACAGACCUGGGCUACCUCUACGUUGUCUCAAACGCUGGCUGCGCCGACAAGGACUCGUUUCAUAUGAAGGCCAGACUGGCAGAGUUCAAAGCUGCAGGUUUUGAUGUGGAUCUGGAGUUCCUUGAUGAAGCGCUGAUCGCAGUGCAAGGUCCAUCCAUGUCUCAGGUGCUCCAGAAGGGACUGAAAGAGGACCUCAGUAAGCUGACCUUCAUGACCUCCACCUUGGCCACUGUCUUUGGUAUUCCAGGCUGCAGGAUCACCCGCUGUGGAUACACUGGAGAGGACGGGGUGGAGAUCUCCGUCCCUCAGUCCAGAGUGGUGGAGCUGACGGAGAAGCUGCUGGCUGACAGUGAGGUGAAGCUGGCAGGCCUGGGAUCCAGAGAUAGUCUGCGGCUGGAGGCAGGGCUUUGUCUCUAUGGCAACGACAUAGAUGAGACCACGACACCUGUGGAGGCCACCCUCGUCUGGACCAUAGGAAAGCGUCGGCGUCAGGCCAAGGAUUUCCCCGGCGCUGACAUUAUUGUACCUCAGAUCAAAGCCAAGACAGCCAGGAAGAGAGUCGGCCUGGUGUCCGUCGGGCCCCCCGUCAGACAACACACGCCUAUACUCAGCCCUGAUGGAAAAGUCAUAGGUGAGGUGACCAGCGGUUGCCCCUCUCCCUGCCUAAAAAAGAACAUAGCCAUGGGUUAUGUUGACGCCGCAUUCGCUAAGAACGAAACGGCAAUCCAGGUCGAGGUCAGGAAGAAAGCAGUGCCUGCAACCGUCAGCAAGAUGCCCUUCGUCCCCACCAACUACUAUUCUGGAUAGGAGGGACACACACACACACACACACACACACACACACUGGAACAUUCCUCCACUCUGCCCCCUCUGUUUACCUCCAGCAAUGCAACACCAAAGUAAGACUGAAUGUCUUCAUUGGUGAAAAUAAUAAUAAAAGUGAGACUAUUAUAAGAUACAGCAUGUGUGCUGGAAAAAUUACAAGCAGUAUUGUUGAGUCUGAGAAUGUAUGUAUGACUGUAUGGGCCAAGAUGAUAUGGUAACAUGGUUCAUAGAUCAAGUUCUGUUUCUUCGACAGCAGGUUAAACUGAAUCAACCUAUUGCAGUUUUAGUAAGAACAGAGACAGUGAGGCUGUGUGGAUCCAUUUAACACAAGGUUUCUAAUAAUGUUUUGUAGUAGAAUAUAGGUUUUGCUAAUGAAACAUGACCAUUUACUUUAUAACUGCUGGACCAAAAUAAAGAGAUUCCAAAUGGUGUUUUUUUCCCACGUUAAAUCACGACAAGUCUGCAUUUUUUCAAGGUCUUUUAAAUACAACAGAUCCAAAUUUUCAUUCAUGUUAUUGUUCGUUGUAUAGCUUGAUCAAGGGAGGUCAGACAGGACCAGCUAACAACAACCCUUCACACAAAACACUAAUGUGAAAUCUGCAAACUGACACAAAUGUGCCAAUUAGCAUAUUUUUACAUGUCGUUCUAUUUUGGAGGGAUUUUUAAUGAGUUCUAGUCUGCUCUGUUGAUCUCAACAUCAGACUAAUAUCUGACCAGACUGUUUACACUAUGAUAAUAUGAUGAACCUGAUAGAAAUUUACACUACAUGUCGUACAAUGAUAACUUAACUUGAAAACAUGUUAAUUGUCAAUUAUGUGUGUGUUUUCUGACAACUAAUGAAAUGUAAUUUCAUUGUGUUUUGACUUUCUGUGAAGCUCUGAAUGUAUUAUUUAGUUAAAAUAAUGACUUACUUAAUAUGGAAAUAAUACUGCUGAUUCAUAGGUAGCUCUGUCUAGAAGUUGCACUUUUUUGCAUCACUGGAUUUUAAUGUUGAAUUGAAUUUUGAAAUGAAAAAAUAUCUUCUCUUUAUUAAAGACUAUUUCAAUUUCCCAUGACCUGCUGUCAUUUUUAUAGUGAAAU